AUGUCCAUGAUCACUGCGGCGCAAUGGGUUCCUCGGGGCUUCGCGGCCCCGUUUCCCAAAAGGUACACUCUGGAUGAGGAGGAGUAUGGAAGGAUAGCGGAGCUGGCCAAGCUCAAGCUGGGCGACGCCGAGGAGGAACUGCAGAAUGCACAAAAGGACGGACAGGACCUGGAUGAGGAUGAGGACGACGAUGAAGACGACGAUGAGGAUGAGGCGGAAGACAAGAUGCACGUGGAGAAGGAUACAUCGAAUAACAAGGCUAGGUGGGUGGCCGUCGACGAUGACGAUCUCAAAGAGUACGAUCUGGACCACUACGAUGACGAUGACGACGACGAGCGACAAUCCGGAGGCCAGAGCAUGAGCAUGUUUGGAUCCACGAAAUCUCUCGCCUACUACGAGUCGAACAACGAUGACCCUUACAUCACGCUCAAGGGCGACGAUGCCGACGACGAGGACCGAGAAGAUCUUCAAAUAUUGGCGACGGACAACCUCAUCUUGUCAGCCAAGGUCGAGGAUGAGAUGGCGCACCUCGAGGUGUACGUGUACGAGGAUGACGGCGACAACCUCUACGUCCACCACGACAUCAUGCUCCCGGCGAUCCCGCUCAGCCUCGAGCGCGGACGAGAAGAAGCUGAAGAAGAGGAAAAAGAGCAAGAAGGCUCACUCGGAGUAUCACGUCGACGCCGUCCUCUCGCUGGCGGCCAACCGGAAGCAUCGCAACCUGCUGGCCUCGGCCUCGGCCGACAAGACGAUCAAGCUCUGGGACGUCAACACGGCCAAGUGCGCCAAGUCGUACUCGUACCACACCGACAAGGUGUGCUCCUUGGCCUGGCACGCGACGGAACCGACGGUGCUGCUGAGCGGGAGCUACGACCGGACGAUUGUCGUGGCCGACAUGAGGGCGCCGGACGCAAAGGUGCCGAGAUGGGGCGUCGAGAGCGACGUGGAGAACGUGCGAUGGGAUCCGCACGACAGCAACUACUUCUUCGCGUCGACGGAGAACGGCGCGAUUCACUACCACGACAUCCGAAAGGCGCCGGCGAAGCCGGAGUCGACCAAGUCUGUGUGGACGUUGCAGGCGCACGACGACUAUGGAACAUCACGCCGACGGGGCCGUCGAUGGUUGUGGCGCGCAACCUCGACGUCGGCAAGGUGUUUGCGACGACGUUUGCGCCGGACGCCGAGGUCGCCUUCCGGCUGGCCGUCGCCGGCAGCUCGGGAAGCAUGCACGUGUGGGAUACGAGCACGAACCCCGGCGUCCGGGCCGCCUUUGCGCAAAAGGUCCCGGCGCUCAAGGAGGAGGCGGCCGAGGAUCGGCUGAUCGGUGUCGAGGACGACGACAGCAGCUCGAGCGACGAGGAGGAGGAGGAGGGUCAGGGUCAGGGCCAGGGACAGGAGGACGGGGAGUCGAUGGAUGAAGAUUAA